UUCUCGCUCGCUCGCCGCAUGCUACAUUGUCAAUCGUUUGGGAUUAGAAACGUUAUAUAAGACUGGAAGGAGUCCACGCCCCUUUCCACACCAGAAAAAUAAUCUGAGACCAAAGCCGCCAUUCUCGGCCUGUCUGACCUCCCUGAUCGCUCUUCAUACAAGACCUAAACCUCGUUCAUAAGCUCCACUAUCGAUCUUAUUCCAACUUCGACGACGUCUGCCGGCUACCGCCCUCCGACACCUCACUGUUUGCUCCACCUCUGGCUCACGGUGAUAGUUUACGGGUGGUAUUGAUCCAGCAUGGCUACUGCUUCCACAUACAGCCCAACCGAUUCGAAUGCGUCAAUCAGUCUGUCCUGGCAAGAACGCCUCGAAGAAAUCUGCCGCCAGGCAAAAUUACUUCCGCCCGUGUUCCAACUCGUUUCGGAUCGCAGGGGUGGACGCACAGCGUGGUCAAGCAGAGUCAUUGUACACGGCAAGACCGUAGAGGCCAGAUACUGGUACGACGGGAAGAACCUCAAUAACGCAAGAGAGGAUGCCGCCGAAUGCGCAUUCAACUGGCUGAGCGCCUCGAGCACGAACUCGUCGAGCCAGUCGUGGGGCUCCUGCUAAGGAGCUGCAUUAUUGCAAAGAAGAGCAUUCUCGCAAUUCGCGAUGAGAGCUGGCCUGAAUAUCCUGCUGUCGGAUUAGGAGCUGUGGUGUGUCUAACGUGCCCACUGGUGAC